AUGGUGAAACAGCAAGCGCAGCGGGAUGCGGCCGGCGCCAAUCCCAAGACUCGCGUCGCCGUCAUAGGAACUGGAUUGGCUGGGCUGACGACGGCACAUCUCCUCCAAAACGACACCCAGGCGAGAUUUGACGUUGCUCUUUUCGAACAGGUCCCAUCCGUCACCUUGAAAAAUGCGACGACCGGUGUGACGGAGCGUGUCAACAUCCCCCCACGCAGCGUCACCCGCGGCUACUACCCGAACCUCACGCAAAUGUACGAUUUCUUGCGGAUACCGCUCCGCCGUGUCCGCUAUACCUUUCUCUACGCCGAGAUCCAAUCGACCAAGACGCGAAGCAGCCGCACCGGCGGGCCGCGCCCGCCGCAAAGCGCCGAUCCUAUGGCGGGCACCUACUUUGCCUUUGAAAACGCCUGGAAGCCGGUGCUGUCGGUUCGCUUCCCCUGCAGCCGGCUGCAGCAGCUGUGGCAGACCGUCUUCAUCGCCGCCUGCUACGUCUGGUUCCUGGCGGCCUGCUUCCUCGUCGAGCCCCGCGUCGCGCAAAAGACGGGCGCGAGCGAGUCGCUGCAGGCCUACCUGCGCCGGACCCGCGUGCCGCGGCGCUUCGUCGACUACCACCUGCUUCCGGUGCUAGGCGCGAUAUGCACCUGCUCCCACCAGCAGCUGCUGGCGUUUCCGGCCAGCGACGUCACGAUGUUUAUGACGAGGUCGUCGCUGCAAAAGACGUACAUGACGGAUGGCGUGCAUAAUCUGCAAACCAGGCUAGUGGCGGGCAUCAAAGACAUUCGGCUGCAGGCACGGGUCCGCAAGGUGGAGAGGGUGGGUAACGGCGGCGGCGUGUUGGUGCAAUGGGAGCAGCUGCAAAAUGGCAGUGGGCCGGUCUCGGAGGAGGUGUUUGACCGUGUGGUGCUCGCCGUGACGCCCGACGCUACGGCCAAACUCUUUCCCCCGGCGAGCUACGCGCUGUCGUCGAUUCCGACCGCGUCCAUCGAAGCGACCGUCAUCGACCCGUCGUACAAGCGCGUCUCGGUCGAGGAGCGUGGCGCGGCGCCGACCUCUGGACGGCUGCUGUCCCUCGACAACUAUCCCCAGCUCAUGGUCUUUCGGACGCACUUUGCCGACGACGUCGCCCAGACGGAGGCGUGGAAUUACCUGCCGAGCGGCGCCAUCUGCCGCACCAGCCCGUUCCCGUACGCCGCGGACGAGGGUGCGGUCCUGCACACGGCGCGGUUCACGCGAACAUUGCGCACGGCGGAGAGCAGGGGCAUCGUGCAGCGGGUGGUGGUGGGUGGGCGCGGCAGAGCAGCGGCCGGGGACGCGGAUGAUGAGGCGUGGGUCAGCGGCAAGGACAAUGUGUGGGUGGCGGGCUCGUGGUGCUGGGAUGGCAUGGUGCUGCUGGAGGGGUGUGUGGUGUCGGCCAUGAGAGUGGCGGACGAGUUUGGCGUCGCGGUUCCGUGGAGGGACGAAUAA